UUUUUCUAAUUGUCGUCUUUAAAAAUAUGUGAUUGUGUAAUUUUCACUUUGUAUUUUUACCAUAAAAGCUUGAACUCGAUUUGAGGUUUGGUCUCGAGUUGAGGUUUGUUUCAACCGUAUUUGGAUCGGUCAUCAGACUCAGAGUUGGGGAAAGCGAAAAAGAUGCGUUGGUCUCCUUUCUUUUGGAUCCCAAUUUGCUUAGCUCUUCUCUCAUUCUUCCUCUUCAGAAUUUUUCCUUUCAAUUCUCCCCACAAUCAACCUCAAGGGAAACUUUUCACUGCGGAAGAAUUAGCUCCAUACAAUGGCACUGACCCUCAAUUGCCCAUUCUUCUCGGCAUUCUUGGGUCAGUGUUUGAUGUAACUAAAGGCAAAAGCCAUUACGGUGCCGGAGGAGGUUACAACCAUUUUGCGGGAAGGGAUGCUUCCCGCGCUUUUGUUUCAGGAAAUUUUACAGGUGAGGGACUUACUGACUCCCUGCGUGGUUUAUCUAGCACUGAUGUGAAAAGCAUCGUUGAAUGGCGAGAUUUCUACUUCAGGACUUACGUAUUUGUGGGUAAAUUGGUUGGUCGCUAUUAUGAUAUUGAAGGCAACCCCACGAAGUACUUGAAAGGGGCUGAAGCAAAGGCUGCCAGAGGUGCACAGCUACUUGAGAAACAGAAGAUUGAGGAAGCUCAAGUACCCAGCUGUAAUUCAAGAUGGAGUCAGGAUGAGGGUUCAGAGGUAUGGUGUGACGAUGGCUAUCCAAGGUUAGUUCAGAGACCAGUAGAAAUAGCUUUGACUGGGAAAAUGAGCAAACGAUGUGCUUGCUUCAAAGAAGAUGAACUGGGUCAGUCGGGUUUGGAAGUCUAUGAUGGAUGCAAUUAUUUUGCCACGAAGUGUCAAUUAUAGUGAAUCUCUUUCAUGGAAAUUUGAAAAGAUUACACCACAGAAAGUGACGAGAAAUAAAGCUCUUAGUUAUAAGUAGCUUAGACUUUUGAGUUAUAUUAGCCGUUUAUAAUACACAAUUUUAGCAUUUGUAUAUCUAUUUAAAGCAGUCUUGCACUUUCUUCAGAUGCACCGGGUAAUUUCCUGUACUAUAUAAUUUGAUUAUAAUACAUGGAAACUACAAUGAGUUGUACUAAUUUA